GGCUUCAUCCAAGGGUUCUUUUUCAACGUAUAUUCUUAUACUAAAAAGUUAAAAAUGUCAAAUUCGUUUAAUAAGGAGAAUAGUACACCUCUGGCAGGUGUCCAACCACGUCUGAGAAUACCUUUACUCUUAGCAGGACUUGGUUUAUUAGGUAUCGGAUAUUGGUUAGGUGAACAUAAUGUAGAGAAAGUUGAGAAAGUUCACUGGCGUACUGCGGAUAUUUUGGCUGAAGCACAAGCACAAGUAACUUGUCAUACACCACCGAUGGUACAGCCAGAUCCCGCACAAUUUUUACCAGCAGAUUAUCAUCUCAACAAUCCACAUAUCCCAUUCGUCGUUUGGCCUGAACAUGUACCUGGAAUUAUUCCGACUGAGGCCUUCCCAGUUGAAGCUGCUAUGGAUAGAUCUAUGGCCAAAGCUGAUGUCGCUGUGCAGAAGGCUAGUGAGACAAACACUCUUCACCAAAAAAUUCCUAGUGUCGUUCAUUACACCUUCGGUUUGGGUGAUGAUUCAGAGGAAUUAGAGUAUUAUCAGUACCUCGCUAUCAGAUCUGCGUUGAUUGUUCUUAAACCAAAAGCAGUUUUAUUCCACUAUAUAAAUGAACCAUAUGGUCCUUGGUGGGAUAGACUUAAAGAACUCCCAGAAGCAGUUCACGUUAUGGCAAGAAAUAUGACGCAUAUCUUCCAUCAACCAGUUGAUAAUGAGGAGUCUAAAUCUGAUGUUAUUAGAUUAGAAGCUUUAUUGAGAUGGGGUGGUGUCUUCUUGGAACCUGAUGUCUUCGUUAUUAGAGAUUUCUUAUCAGCAGGUUUACUCAAUGAACCAGUUGUAAUGGGAAUGGAAAGUCAAACUGAUAUGACAAAGCACGAAUUAGAUCCAACCGGUUUGAACAACGCUGUUAUUCUCGCUGAACCAAAUUCAAGAUUCAUUAGAGAUUGGUACAAUAGUUAUGGUACAUUUAAUCAAUCUGAACCUGCUAAACACUCACUCGAAGUUCCUUGGAAAUUUGCACGUUUAAAUCCAUCUUAUGUUACAGUUUUGAACAGGUUGGGAUUAUUCUGGCCAUUACAUACAGAAGAUGCUUUAGAGAUGGUUCAUUCAAAAGAUCCAGAAUCAUUUAACUUUGAUUUAACAGCUCAAUUCACUUAUCACGCAUGGGAAAAGGUUGCACAUGAUCUUCUGGAGAAGAUUACACCUUUAAGCCUUAAAACAAUGAAAUCACCUUUCGCAAAGAUGGCAAAGAGAUUUGCGGCUGCCGAUGAUGAACAUUAUUUACAAGGAUAUAGCAGACAUAGCAAAUUGUCUUCAUCGCAUUAAAUAAAUUUGAUAAAAUUUUGAUCUUCUUCAAUUAUAAGGAAAAAAAUUUCAAGGAUUUCUCUAUUAUGUUACCAUUCAUUUAUGUACUUUAGUCCAUUCAUUUA